AUGGUAUAUUCCAAUGACAAACAUUUAGGUCUUCAAGAUGACAUAAAAGCAACUACCAACGGCGAGGUGAAGGACCACGAUACCAACCACCACGUGGUGGAUAAACCGGUUUUUCGGUCGACCUGUAAUUGUAACGAGGUUCAGGCGAUCGUCCUCGGGGCGGCGGACGAGACUCACCGGGACCAAAUUCCUUCGGAGGUAUAA